AGUAUCUGAUUGGCUCGAUGUGAUGUCAUCCCCUCUGUUACUAUCAACAAGCUUGGCAAGCCGUUAGCCAACUUGGUAGUGCGGCUCCUCCGGGUUGGAAUACCGACAUCUCUGUCCUUCGACUGCCUGCUAUUCGGGCAGCGCAAAUGCUGCAGGAUCUCUCGCAUAUGGACCGUAUAACGCAGCUGCAAGAUGAGAUACAAAGGUUCCUUGUAAUUAUGUCGAGUACCAUUGCCUACCUCACCACUCGAUCCACGUUCCUUCAAGUCAGCGAGGAGAUACCGAUCACGAAACAGCGAAAUCCGGACAAGUUUGAUCCACCGGAAGUGUUUGAGGCGAAUAAGAAGGAACUGGUGGAUGACCUGAUCAUGAAAGCGAAGCAAAUAGAGGUGUUGAUCCAGUCUUUGCCUGUCCCAGAACCCGAGGAACAACAAGCAAAGCGUCUCCAGGAUUUGGAAAACGAGAUGACGGUCGCAAACCAAGAAUAUAUCCAAGCUGUCGAGCGUGCUAAAAGUUUACAUGGCCAGUUUUCGGAACUCUUACGCACGAUGCUCGACAAGGCGGACAUCGAGGCUAGUUUGCUUUCGGGACAGAAAUCCAACUGAGGUUCUGCUUUUCUCAAGCCUUCGUAUCCUCCUCUUCCUCCGCCACCACUCACCGGGGGUUGCGUCGUCCGGCGUGACAAGCGUACCUAUCUGCUCUAGGCCCGCGAAGGGAUGCAUCGCGAUCACAUUGUCAUUUACAAACGCAUGUUACCACCAAUAAAACCGGUCAUCCAGUAGUGGUCUGGAAACUUCAAACCAGUCAACAUUCAAACAACCUGGCGCGCAUCGUGCUUUCUAUUAGGCUCU